GUCCCGCUAUUUCAGCAGGGAUUAGCGUAACUCAGAGGUUUCUGAAGCUUCUUGAGAGACAUGUAGGAAGUUUGUUGGACUACUAUCGCCAGGGUUUCUACUAAACUUAACUGUAGUUUAUCGGGAUCACAACCGCUAAGUAGCUGGGCUGACGGCUGCUGACCCGUACGGGAUGGCGGGUUAUGAACUUGUCCGGUUGGACGGCGGGGGGCGCAUCCACCUGCCGGAGGGGGAGACGGUUCUGGGCCGGGGGCCCCUCCUUGGAGUGAGUGACAAGAGGGUGUCCAGACAACAUGGACUCCUUGAGAACCAGAACGGACGACUCAGGCUGAAACCGGUCCACGUCAACCCCUGCUUCAGCCUGCAGGGCGGCGCCCUGGAGCGCCCGCAGCCCCUGGAGAGAGAGCGCUGGUACCCGCUGAGUCACGGGGAGCUCUUCUCCCUGAUGCCCGGGAGCUUCAUAUACAGGGUGGAGGCCCUGGGGGGAGAACCCCUCACGCCCAGUGCCAGCGGAGGUCUGGAGGGAGAUGAGGGUCCCACGGGUGCGAGGGAUUCUCCUCCACAUGAAGAGACGCUUCCUCUUGGAUGUAGCCAAGAGCAGGCACCUCCUGCACUGACCGGUAGAACCCCUCCUCCUGCUGCACACAGUCCAGAGUGUGAUGCCCCGCCCACACAGGAAGUCACACCCACACAAGAUGCCCCGCCCACUAGGCGGCUGUCACUGAAGCUCCAGCAAGAAAAGGAGCAGAGUGGGCGGGGCUUCCUUCCUAAACCCAAGAGAGUGUUGCCUGCCUGGAUGACAGCUGGAGCUGCUCUGGAAGGCCAAUCAGGAGCCGGCAGCAAGCAGCCGGUUCCAGCCGCUAACAAGAGAAAACGAAGCCGAGCUGAAGGGACCAGAGCGGGCCUCAGUUCGGAGGAGACCAGAGCGGGCCUCAGCUCGGAGGGGACCAGAGCGGGCCUCAGUUCGGAGGAGACCCGAGCGGGCCUCAGCUCGGAGGGGACCAGAGCGGGCCUCAGCUCGGAGGGGACCAGAGCGGGCCUCAGCUCAGAGCUGCCCAGAGCGGGCCUCAGCUCGGAGCUGCCCAGAGCGGGCCUCAGCUCGGAGCUGCCCAGAGCGGGCCUCAGCUCGGAGCUGCCCAGAGCGGGCCUCAGCUCGGAGCUGCCCAGAGCGGGCCUCAGCUCGGAGGAGACCAGAGCGGGCCUCAGCUCGGAGGAGACCAGAGCGAGCCUCAGCUCGGAGGAGACCAGAGCGGGCCUCAGCUCGGAGGAGACCAGAGUAAACAAUACAAAACGAGGCCGAGCUGAGCGUCCCAAAGGCGGCUACAGCUCGGAGGACCCCGGAGAUGAGGACUCUUCGGGCUCAGCCCCCAGGAGGAAGCGGAUGAGGAAGAUGAGCGGCGAUGCAAACACUCAGACGGACAAGGACCUGCCCCUACGUCACCAUAGCAACAGCCCGGGGGAGGAGGACUGCGGCAGGCUGAGUGAUGAAGGUGCUUCGAGAAGUGACGUCAGACCAGACAGGAAGUCCACGGCCCCUGGAGGGGCGGGGUCUGGCCACGCCCCCUCCCGGAGCGCCAGACCCCGCUGUCCAUACGGGGCGGAGUGCUACAGGAAGAACCCGCUGCACUUUCAGGAGUGUUGUCACCCCGGUGACCACGACUACCAACAGGAAGAGGAGGAGCCUGAGGAGGAAGUGGACCUUCCCGAAUGUCCCUACGGCAUCGACUGUUAUCGAAAAAACCCGCUGCACCGUAAGGAAUUCAAACACUCCAGGAGGGCAGCGAGGAGCACGAGGACCGCACCCAGCACUCAGGCUGGGGACGAUGAAGACGAGGACGAGUAUGAAGAUAGCUUCAUUAAUGACAGCAGUGAUGAGGCGUUCGAUGACUCAGACUACGUCCCGGCCGGGUCCGAUGACAGCGGAACGGAAGAGCUCAAAAACAAUUCCCAGGACUCCCUGAGGAGCAAGUAGUGAUCCCUGGUUCCUGUAAAAGACGUCCUGAGGAGCAGGAAGUUAUUCCUGGUUCCUCUAUACUUCCCGAAUAUUUUUUUGUGGCUGUCCUGUUACGUCAUGAAUACUAAUAGUUUGAUUUGUAAUUACAGAUUUAAAUGAAA